AUGGCGUACUAUGAGCCUCAGGGUUGGCAAGCGCCUACUGCGCGCCAGACCUCAUGGGAGCAUCCCGUUCAGCCCCCAUCGCGGUCAGGAUCGAGCUCAGUCUCUCAACGGGAUGAGAUGCCGGCUUUUUCGUCGCAAUUCGACGAGGUCGAUCGUGCAAUCGAUAAUCUCGUCAAGAGUGGGAAGCUGUGGACAGCUCCCCGACGAGAUUCGAUGCCCAUGGCGAUGGGCCGGCCCUACCCUGAGUAUGACCCCCGUGUUACGGGAGCUGUGGCCCAGCGUCACCACUCAAUCAGCGAGUUCGGCAACCCCAACGUCCCGGGAUACUAUGCAGCCCAGCGUUUCCAGAGUCGCCCCAACGAGGUAGAGCAGAUGAUGCAGGCAAAGCGUCGGAUGGCAGCACAACGCGAGCGGGAGCUCCGCAACUAUCAUCAGGAGCAACAGUACAACCGAAGCCUGCUUGCCGAAAUGUCUGGAAACAAAUCCGAUCGCUCGCUCAGCCCGGCCGCCGUGAGUGAGGAAAGCCGUCGAGAACUUCUAGCACGCCAGCAUAGGGCUCUUUAUGGAAACGAAAGCCCGGCCUUCUUCCCGCCCAACAACUUUGGCGACGAUAAUUCCCGACCCGCGAGUCAAGCCGGCGGUACUCCAUCAUCCGCUGCCGGUGUACGUGGCGCAUCUCCUCGUGGUAUUGACCCUUUUGGCCUAUCGCAGACUCCAGUUCAGGGCAACACCGAUACUGCCGGCGGAGCGUCACUCCAGUCCCCCUCUCGCGCUAACAGCACUUCGUCCCCGAGCUCCGGCAUGAACCCUGUUUUCGGAAAAUUUGAUGGCUCUGACCAGGCCCCGACCUCGAGUUCCUCACCUGGUAGGGCCGACUCGCCCUCUUCGAGACAGGCACCAGUGAAACCCACUGCUGGCGCGAUUGGUUCCGUCGGCCCGAUCGGUUCUCGCCCCGUUCAGCAGUCAGGCCCUUCCCAGAUCUCCAAUCCUGCUCUGAACAAGCGCUCCACGACCCCCUUGCCGUCCCCUCUUGGCUUUGGCUUCACUUCCAGCGACGGAGUCGCCUCUGGGGCGAACAACGACCGUGCGGCCUCUUCUGCCUCCAAUCCUGUUGCCUCUACCUCCGCCUCAACCGCCGGCGCCAAGGAAUCCUCCGGCGGUGUCGGUCUGGGCUGGGGCAAUGGCAGCGGUGUAUGGGGCUCCAAGGGUGGCCUGGGGGUCCAGGCUUCCGUUUGGGGUUAA